GAUGUAGGGCGAGAAAUACACCAAAAACGUUUUCUUAUAAUGAGUAUUGGAGAAGCACACCAGCUUUUCUUGAGUGAAAAUCCUGAUUUUAGUAUUGAAAAAUCAAAAUUUCAUGAAAUGCGACCAAAAUUUGUGUUACCAUCUGGAAAAAAGGAUCAAGAAGUAUGCAUGUGUGUAUACCACGAAAAUAUUGACAUGAUUCUUUCGGGAAUAGGAGCUCUCUCUCCAGAUCUUCCAAGUAAUUCAGAAGCAAUCGCAAAAGAAACUGUUUGUGGUUUUGAUGAAAAACAUAUUAGCUGUAUUGAUAGACUGUGUUCAAUAUGUGGUGUUGAAAAAUACUUGGAUGAUAAAGUACCAUUUGAAAAUCUGGAUUGCACAGUGAAGUACUAUCAGGGGCAACAGAAUGAAGUGGGAUUCACUGUUAAAAGGGAAAUAGUUACGGUUUUAGGAUCUGCUAAAGAAGAAAUUGGUUCGCAAUUGCACCUACUUUCUAGACAUACUUACAAUGCUUCUAAGCAACAUUUUGAAUUUAGGUAUUCAAAAGAAAAUCUUUCUAAUGAUGAAGUUAUCAUUCAUGUAGAUUUUGCCGAAAAUUAUUCCAUAAAGCAUGAUCGUGAGAUCAUGAGUGCUCACUGGGAAACUGAUAGUGUUACCCUGUACACUUGUGUUACAUAUUACAAAGAUGAAACAAAUUCUUUGGCUCAUCAGUCUUAUGCUAUAGUGUCUGAUGAUUUAUCACAUAACAAAAAUUCUGUAAAAAUUUUCAAUGAAGAAAUUGUGGCCCAUUUAAAAGAAAUUAAAUGUGGUAAGAUAAAAAAAGUGCACGAUUGGUCUGAUGGGGCUGCAAGCCAAUUCAAAAACAGAUUCAUGUUUUCCAAUUUAGUUUGUCACAAAGAUGAUGUUAAAAUAGAUGCAGAUUGGUUGUUUUUUUAAAUGGCACACGGAAAAGGUGCUGUAGAUGGCGUAGGGGGAUCUGUAAAGAAUAAGGUCUGGCGAGCAGUACUACAAGGUAAAGAAGUUGCUGUUGAUGCAAAGUCCUUUUACGAGGUUGCUUCUAGAAUUAUGGAUGGUAAAAUCAAAAAAAUUUUUAUAAGCAAAGAACCUGUUGACCGUAAGGCAAUGAUGCUUACAGACCGUUUCAGUCAAUGCAAAUCAAUAGCAAAUACAAGAGGUUUGCAUUUCAUU